AUGUCUGCACCUAUAAUCUCUCCGGAAGCCCUACCUUCUACGCCUGCUCACGAAUGGGCCAAUGAAACUCUUAAUUCCGUCCCAAGGGAUUCAGUUAUUUCCACUUCCACCUCCGCUCCUGUUUCUUCUUCCACCGCAACCACACCAGGCCUCGAUUUUCCUGGAGCCUAUCCAAAGACACCUUCUACUCAACUUCCUGUAGGCGUCAACGAACUCGCUGAUCGAGCCAGAGUUGCUGCGUCCACUGCUGCUGCCGGCGUCGGUGACGCUGUAAACGCGUUGCCUGCUGUAGAAACCAUCAGCGGCUCUGUAGCUGGAGGUCUUGACGGCGUAAAGGAAGUUCUGUUUAAUGCAACUGUGACAGCCUCGCAGUACCUGCCCUCGAAUGUUGUAGAAUAUUUCCCUGGCGGUUCUUUAAUCGUCGCAGCCUCCACGGCCGAAAGAGAUGCUCAAGGCAUCUCUCUUCCCUCCGCCGAACAUUCCGUCGAUCCAAUUCCCUCUUCUCAAGGCGUCGGCUCUCUUCCUGGUCCAUCGAGCGAGGAAGGCGUCGCCAAGCUGCCUCUUGAACGCGAUCUAAGCUCGAAUCACUCGGACGAAUUGAAAAUUGAUGGAAAAGGCAUUGAAUCUCGCAACUCUCUAGCGAAUGCCAGCAUGGUUGCACAGGAUGGAUCCUCUGCGCCUACACCGACGACUCUAAGGACGCCUGUUCAGACGCCUGUUCAACAUGACAACAUUUCUAGCCAUUUCACGGAGAACCUCAAUCAAGAGGUCCCACCUUCUUCUUCCCCUACGCACCCGUCCAAGGAAAAGUCUUCAAUAAAACCCGCUCCUAUAAACUUAAUCCCACGUACACAUCCCUUGGCUGCCUCAGGUGUGGGUGCUCAUUGGCACGGUGUUCCUCUAGAUGAGGAAUAUCAAAAACACGUCGUUGACAAAAGCCUGGACGACACACAAACCUCUUCAACCGCCAUCGACGCCGACAUCCCUGUCCCGAACGUCCCACCAAUCGCUACCAUCCCACCCAUUCCCAAUGUCUCCACCCCUUCCACCGUCCCCGUUGAUUCCAUGUCCUCAAUUGCCGUGUCCUCACCGAGCCAGAACUCACCCCGUGUUGCGAAGAGCUCACAGAUGUCUUUUGCUAGUCCUCAUUCGCCACAGAACGACUCGACUAUCGCGAACGUAGGCCAUGAUAAACUUACAUCUGGAACACCUGAGAUCCCAUCUCCUCAUCAUGAUGUUGCGACACCAUCUGCUGCGAUUCAGGCUCAUGCGAAUCACGCGAAGGAAAUUUCCGAACCGUCAUCUGCAUUCUCGACCUCGACCCCGUCUUCUACUGAUUCCAGUUUCAACAAAGGUGCUGUGCAUGGUAAAGAAAGCUCCAAUGGGGCCGAAUCGGUGAAUUCAACGCCAUCCAAUACUCCGUUGAAGAAGAAAACAACUUUGUUGUCGAAGCUUAAAGGAGAAGCGAAAAUUAUAUCCGGGAAGCUUGGUGGGAAGGAAGAGAAGGUCGAGGAGGGGAGGAGGUUGAUUAGAGGAGAGGUUGAGUGA